AUGGCCCCGGAUUUGGGUCGCCUGUUCCCAAAUCGGAAAGGGACAACAGGACCACCGAUACUACUUCAACGGAGGUCAUCUGAUGCUUUCAUUAUCUUUGUGGUGGUUUUCGCCGUCUUCACGGAUGUUCUGCUAUAUGGAUUAAUUGUCCCCGUCGCUCCAACUGCUUUACAUGAGCGGGUUGGGUUGCCAGUAGGUCAGGAGCAAACAUGGACGUCUAUCUUGCUGGCGCUUUACGGGGUAGCUCUUCUAGCAACGUCGCCCGCGGCAGGAUACAUAGCUGACCGGCUUGAAUCUCGGUGGUGGCCUUUUAUAGCGGGCCUGGUGGCCCUGGGUGCCUCCACCGCACUUCUUUGCGUGGGAACCCAUCUUGGUUUAUGGAUCGUGGGGCGCCUCUUCCAAGGAGCAUCCACAGCGGUUGUUUGGACCGUUGGAGCAGCAAUGCUUGUGGACACCGUUGGCAAGGAGGGCCUUGGCCAAGCAAUGGGAUAUAUGGGAAUGGGCAUGACUCUUGGCAUCAUGGGCGGGCCUCUGCUCGGAGGAGUCAUCUACGCCCGUGGAGGAUACUAUGCCGUUUUUGCCCUGGCGUUUGCACUCAUUGGGGUGGACAUUGUCCUCCGAUUCGUCAUGAUUGAAAAGAAACACGCCGCCAAGUGGAUCAAGCACGAGACGCCAGAGAGCCCACUCAGUCCUCCGCCAGAGACGAAGGAGGAGGGCUCAGAUCCGGAGAAUGUUGUAUUUCCAUCGGGGCUUGAUGCGCCGCAUGACGACCCCAAAGGCAUAGCCACAGCCGGCUCCCCGCCCCCUAUAUCAUCGAAAGAUCCAGCUUCGCAAAAGCCCAAGAGCGCUGUGCUUACUCUGUUGGCUUCUGACCGAAUGGUGGUCACUAUCUGGGCCUACUUCAUCGUGUCCGUCAUGCUGACCUCCUUCGACAGCGUGCUCCCGCUUUUCGUCGAGGGAACAUUUGGCUGGGGCCAGACCGGCCAGGGGGUUAUCUUCAUCCCGCUGUCCAUUCCUCAUAUCACCGAUCCGCUAUUCGGCAUCAUAAAUGACAAGUAUGUGAAUGCUCGACGCUAUAUGGCGGCGGGAGCGCUCUUUGCGAGUCUUCCUCUUAUUGUGUUACUUCGGUUCGUCACGCACAACUCGAUGGGCCAGAAGGUACUGUUGUGCGCCCUCCUGGCUCUCAUUGGGGUUUGCAUCGCCUCCCUGAUGCCCCCUCUCCUGGUCGAAGCAUCGUACAUCGUGCACGAGAAGGAGGAACGGACGCCCAACGUGUUUGGCAAAGGCGGCGCCAUGGCGCUCGCAUACGGGAUACUCAACACGGCAUACGCUGCUGGAAUGAUCGUCGGGCCGUUCUUUGCGGGGUUCAUCCGGGACGACGUCGGCUGGGGCACCAUGACGUGGGCGUUGGGCUUGCUGACGGGAGUCUCGGGGGUUCCUAUCCUGCUGUUCCUGGGUGGAUCUGUCUUUGCGACGGAGAAGGAGGAGAGCGCAGAUACCAGCUUGGGGGGGCAAGCGUAA